GGUACGACAACAAAAAUAAAGGAAGACAGCAAAAGUAGCUCAUCAGCCGCACUUUGAUCUCUCCGCCCCUUUCAACCGGAUUCUCUAAGCCCUCUCCUUCUCCCUCGAAAAACUCUAAACAAAAAAAUAAAAUCAUCCUACUAUAUUAUAUCACCAUUUCCCCUCUCCCUCAGAUCUCCCCUCUCUCUCGAAAAACUCUCUCACAUUUCAAAAUGCAAUCCUCGCUCACUCUUUCGCUCUCUCAAUCCGCGACAGCCUCAACCAUUCCCAAAUCAAACUACACACUUAAUCACGCUCUCCGUUUUCCUCCUUCUAAGCUUAUAAAUCUCCGUUUCUGCGGUCUUAGAAGAGAAGCCUUUUUAGGUUCCUCCUCUCUCUCUCGCUCCCAAUCUCUCCAAAAUAAAACUCUCUCUAAGAAAAUUAACAAUGCAAUCUCAGCUUCUUUAUCUGGCAAUGGAAGCGCACCAAAAUCUUUUGAUUAUGAUUUGAUCAUCAUUGGUGCUGGUGUUGGGGGCCAUGGUGCCGCACUUCACGCUGUUGAGAAGGGUUUGAAAACUGCUAUCAUUGAAGGGGAUGUGGUAGGGGGGACAUGUGUGAACAGAGGAUGUGUUCCUUCAAAAGCACUUUUAGCUGUAAGUGGGCGGAUGCGUGAACUACAGAGCGAGCAUCACAUGAAAGCUUUGGGUUUGCAGGUUGCAGCUGCUGGAUAUGAUAGACAAGGAGUGGCAGAUCAUGCUAAUAAUCUUGCUAUGAAAAUUCGUAAUAAUUUAACGAACUCAAUGAAGGCCUUGGGUGUGGAUAUAUUGACCGGUUUUGGCUCGAUUUUGGGCCCACAAACAGUGCGAUAUGGGAAACUUGAUGAUUCUCCAGGCAACACAGUGACUGCUAAAGAUAUAAUCGUUGCUACUGGUUCUGUCCCUUUUGUGCCCAAAGGCAUCGAAGUUGAUGGGAAGACUGUUAUUACAAGUGACCAUGCACUCAAACUGGAGUCUGUUCCUGAUUGGAUCGCAAUUGUAGGAAGUGGUUAUAUUGGUCUGGAAUUCAGUGACGUGUAUACUGCGCUUGGAAGUGAGGUCACCUUUAUUGAAGCCCUCGAUCAGCUCAUGCCUGGAUUUGAUCCUGAGAUUGGAAAGUUGGCACAAAGGGUCCUAAUUAAUCCACGCAAAAUUGACUAUCAUACCGGAGUAUUUGCAACCAAGAUCACUCCAGCUGAAAAUGGGAAACCAGUCACCAUUGAGCUUAUUGAUGCCAGGACCAAGGAACCCAAAGAUACUCUGGAGGUAGAUGCAGCAUUAAUUGCAACUGGAAGAGCUCCUUUCACAAAAGGUCUUGGCUUGGACAAUGUCCAGGUAGCAUUGAAAAAUGGUUUUGUUCCUGUUGAUGAGCGUAUGCAAGUGCUUAAUUUUGAGGGGAAUCCGGUUCCUCACUUGUAUUGCAUUGGUGAUGCUAAUGGUAAAAUGAUGCUUGCUCAUGCAGCCAGUGCACAAGGAAUUUCAGUGGUUGAACAAAUCACUGGAAGGGAUCACGUGCUGAAUCAUCUAAGCAUUCCGGCAGCUUGUUUCACUCAUCCUGAAAUCAGUAUGGUUGGAUUGACAGAGCCUCAGGCAAGGGAGAAAGCUGAAAAGGAGGGUUUUGAAGUAAGUGUCACCAAGACGAGUUUCAAAGCCAACACAAAGGCCUUGGCAGAAAAUGAAGGAGAAGGGAUAGCUAAGUUGAUAUACAGACCUGACAAUGGAGAGAUACUUGGAGUGCAUAUUUUUGGGUUGCACGCUGCAGAUCUCAUCCAUGAAGCAUCCAAUGCAAUAGCUUUGGGCACUCGUAUUCAGGACAUAAAAUUUGCAGUCCAUGCACACCCAACUCUAUCCGAAGUUCUCGAUGAACUUUUCAAAUCAGCAAAGCUGAGGAGAGCACCAUCCACCUUCAACCUAGUGACAGAAGUUCUUAAUUUAUGGGGCAGGUUAAAGCUCAUGUUCCAGGCCCAGUAAGUGAACCAGUUGCUGUUUGAGCACGCAGGCAAAAUUUCGAAGAAAAUUUGCUUGUAUUAGGAGGUAUGAAGGAGCAUGCAUACCCAGGCUAGAGAUAAAUCCACGUAUUUAGUACACUGCCACAAGAAACAUCAUCAAGAGAUCACCUGUUACAGCUUGAAAUCUUUCAGAAGUUGCGCUGUUGUUUUAUUGUCUCAGGUUCAUAUAUUAUUUCCAUUCUGAAAAUGGUUUUGAUUCUAAUCAAUUGAACAGAGACUAUAAUCUACUCCAUUGAAACUCUCAGCUUGCAAGAA